AUGGCGCAGCAGCCGCUCUUCGGUCUGGUCCCGGCAAACCUCCCGCUGGUGACCGAACCCACCGAGGUCAUCUCGCCGACCUCCUUCAUCUACAGCAUCCCGCCGGUCAGGACCUUUUCGCACAUAGUCAUCUUCCUGCUGCCGGGCGUCGCGCUCCCGGAAAACACCGCCGCGGCCAUCUACCUGGUGACCCCGCCGCCGACGCCGGGUGCUCCACCGGGCUCAAAGUUCCUCGGUGGCAUCGGCCCGGGCAAGGAGAGCGCAAUCUUCAACCUCAAGGGCUCCCUCCCCGCCGACGGCGCUGCCGCCGCCGCAGGUGCUCCGCCAGUGGUGAUUGGCAUCAGCAUCGAGCCGGCAGAUUCCGUCUCGGCUCGCAUCGCCGAGGUCAAGGCCGCAUCGUCGUCGUCUGUUGGGAAUCAGCAGCAGCAGGAGCAACACUCCAACGCGCUUGUGGUACGGCCGUCGACAUUGGUCCUCGCCCAGCGCAUCAUCCAAAACGCCUUCAACUUCCUGUCCAGCUUUAGUGGCACCGCGGGCCAGGUCGAGGUCGUGCCCCUCAAGGCCUUUGAGGAUUGGUGGAAAAAGUUUGAGAGCAAGGUCCGGACUGACCCGGGCUUCUUGGAGAGGGCAGAACAGUAA